GGUAGAGUGUGUGAUGUUGGCAACUGGGGAUCAGCAACCGUGUGUUGGAGGUUCCUGCAGGAAUCAAACAGCGCAAUGCCCUGCACCUGGCACACAUAGGACAUCACCCUUCUUUGCUAAGAGCUUUUUAUCUUGGGCAUCAUGAAGCUAAAGCAGCGGGUCGCUGUCUUGGCUCUGCUGCUGGUGAUUUUGGUUCUCACCAAGCUUCUUUUAUUGGACCGCCUGGAGACCUCUGCUGCUCAGAGGCAGGACCAGCUGUCUUUUGAGCGUAUGAUGUCCGGCUUACGGCUCACCAUGGACUCCCGUUUGGAGCAUACCCUGCAGUCCCCUUGGGAGAUUGCAUCCCAAUGGGUCGUGCCACGGGAAGUGUAUCCUGAGGAUAGCCCAGAAAUGGGAGCAGUAUUGCAUUCUAUGGCAACCAAGAAAAUUGUGAAAGCUGAUGUUGGCUACAAAGGCACACAGCUUAAAGCUUUGCUUGUCCUGGAAGGUGGACAAAAGGUGGUAUUUAAGCCCAAAAGAUACAGCCGUGAUUAUAUUGUGGAAGGAGAACCGUACGCUGGGUAUGACAGGCAUAAUGCUGAAGUCACUGCUUUUCAUUUAGACAGAAUUCUGGGUUUCAGACGAGCUCCUUUAGUUGUUGGGCGAUAUGUGAAUCUAAUCACUGAGAUUAAACCUGUAGCUACUGAGCAGCUUCUGAGCACCUUUCUAAAGCAGGGUAACAAUACCUGUUUCUAUGGGAAGUGCUACUACUGCCGGGAGACAGAGCCCGCCUGUGCAGAACGAGAACUGAUGGAAGGUACAGUUACACUAUGGCUCCCUGAAGCAUGGCCCCUUCAGAAGCAUCGACACCCUUGGGGAAGGACCUACCGUGAGGGAAAGUUGGCAAGGUGGGAAUAUGAUGAAAGUUACUGUGAUGCUGUGAAGAAGACCUCACCUUAUGACUCUGGACCAAGACUCCUGGAUGUUAUUGAUACAGCUAUUUUUGAUUUCUUGAUUGGAAAUGCAGACCGUCAUCAUUAUGAGAGUUUUCAAGAUGACGAGGGUGGCAGCAUGCUAAUACUACUGGACAAUGCUAAGAGUUUCGGGAAUCCAUUAGUAGAUGAGCGAAGUAUUUUGGCUCCCCUGUACCAGUGCUGCAUUAUUCGUGUUUCCACGUGGAACCGUCUUUCUCACUUGAAGCAUGGCACUUUACGCUCUGCUUUAUUGACUGCUACUGCUCAUGACCCAAUCUCUCCGGUGCUGUCAGAUGCUCACCUCGAUGCUUUAGAGCGCCGACUACAAAGCAUAUUGGCAACGGUUCAGCAAUGCAUAGGACAGUUUGGAGCUGAUGUUGUCAUGGUGGAGGACAGGAUGACUUUUACCCAUAUGUAACUCCAUUGCGGUCCCAAAGACACAGAAGGAAACUUUCCUAUGCAGUUGGGUUUGUUUCUACGGUACACCUUGACUUUGGUGCUUCGAAUUGACCCUCAAAGCAGCACAGUGCAUCUGCAGAUACUAAACCCACUGGACUGCAAUUCAUCUACUGCUUGAACCUCAAUGAACCAACGGUAGACUGGUAGAGAAGUCUCUUCCUGCCACAUUCCAGUCUUCGUCAUUUGACCUUUUGCCAAUGAUGCUUUACAGCACUACAAAGGGACCUAAUGAGCCCCUAAUGGUGUGGGUAUUAAACAGUUGUCAAAGAGAAUGGAGAAUUUAUUUUCAAGUCAUAAUUUAUUCAUUGUUUUUCAUUUUUAGGGGCGUCAAGCUCAUUUUUAAUAUUUGGGUGUCAGUUUUUACAUAAUGCACAUGAUGGCUGCAAGGUAGCCCUAUAACCUCUCUAGCUGAGCAGUUUGGGUGCCCUGGGCACUUCCGUGCUGUAUUCUGUUGCUUCUUGUAAAUUAUUAGACUAUUUUAAUUUAUGGACUAAUUCAGGAAACUGAUCUUAAGGGACCUGUGGGGGCACAAUAUAUCCAUUUGCACUGGCAAAUCUUGAUGCUGUUAUUGUCUCAAUAUUUGGAACUGACUAAACUACUGACUCUUUUGAACGUAGUUUUGUAACAUGCAAACGAUACAUUGCUCUUCUGCUGGCAUAUUAAGCCACAAAAUCUUCUUUCUCCAUAUACUUAUAUAGCCCUUCAGUGUCAGAGACCCACAGCCUCGAGAUUUCCCAAGGGUCACCCCGUAUGUUUUUAUCAAUCCUGGGAAAGGUCCCCCAUUAUUAAGAAUAGGGUGCGUGCACGUAUAUAUAUAUAUAUACAGGGCUCUUUCAGUGCCCCAACCUAAGAAACUUCGGAAUGAAAAGGUAGAAAAGGGCAUUUGCCAGAGAGAAUGUUUUGGCAACCUCAUUAGAUCAGUGGUGCCAAUAUUUUUUUAGCCUUCGUCAAAAGAAUUCAUAUUUGCAUCUAGGUGCCCUCCUGGCAAAAUGACUGGUGACAUGUAUGGGGUAAUGUCAAAGCAGCUGAAAAGUAACCAGUCUCAACUGCCCCUCCACAGAUACAUUUAUUUUCUAGAAAGGAGAUGAAGCUUUGGGAUAAUGGUAUAGUGAGGCAAGUGGAUGUUAGGACUGUUAGGUUUGCAGCCUCCUGCUGUUGAAUUAAAGCUCCCAGCAUCCACUGACAGAAUAUGGAGAGCUGCAUAAGCAAGGCAAACUCAUCUGGGUUUUUGGCUACAAUUAUGGUUAAGUUUCCUUUUUUCUUUUUAAUUAGGCACUGGUUAUCUUUUAUUUUACAAGUAAUAUCAAUCUAAAAUGUAUGCAGAAUUCUGGUUAAUAAUGUGUUUAUUUAUAAUUUUGUUGCAUAAGGCCAGUUUCUUUUGUGUCUGCUUUGUUUAUUUGAAAGCCAGUUCUACAUUUUUAGUAUUCCCUAACCUUUUCUGCAAGGUGCCAUUUUGGUAAUAAAACAGUGUAUAAGGUAGGAAUGCAUCCAUUCCAGUGUAUGUGAUGCUAAUAGCUUCAGUUCAAUGGCUUAGAGCAAACAACAUUUUGCUUGAAAAUUUCUAUUCAUUCUGUUAGGAGCAAGUGGGUGCAUGAAUGCUCUGAGCAUGUCUAAUUACAAGACUGUCCCCUGUAUGUCGCGCAGUAUUUUUUAGGCACCACCAUAGCGAUUAUUAUCACUUACCUCUUCACCAAAAAUGCACCGGGUAUUGUUUAGUGAGUGCCAUUGCGCCAUCGUCUUACCUUCCCCAAGUAUCCCUUUGGUCUGGGCUGUGUGCAUGCACAGUAAAAGUAAAGCUAAAACUAAGUUACCAAGCAGAACUUUUACUCUUCUGCACAUGUGCACAACCCAGGGGGGAGCUAAGAUCCCCAGAAAGGAAAGAAGAUGGCAGCACAGUGCUCAAUAGAAUACUUGGCCAGGCUGAUGUGUUUCUUAGCAGAGAAGCACCUGCCCAGGCUCUGAGGUAAGUGAUUUGUACUGAGGGGUGCAUUACAAUUUGCCACACCCUUUUAGAGGAUAACCUUUUCCUUGUACUUUAAUUCACCAAAAGCACCAAAUUCAAUCUUUCUCUUGGUCCCUAAUAUAAUUCCUAUUCAGCUUGUUUUUUUUAUCUUGUUUUGUAACUUUAUUUCCAUGCACUAUCCUGCUGCUUAGCCAUAGUUGCACAAAAGGAGCCAGUAGCAGAGAGAGGGAGGGCACUGUUCUUUUUAACUGCAAAUAUAGUUUUAUAGCCAAGUUCAGUUCCUUAAUGAGUCACUGAUGUUAUUAUUUUUGCUUAGUACCUGGCCCAUCCCAUCAUUAUUCUUACCAGCCCCUGGCCAAAACUCAAUGCAGGAGAAUGGGUUUUUUGAUAGGGAAAGCAGGAGGGAUAAAUAUGGUGGAAGAAGAGAGAAUAUGAUCAAUAGGAAAAAAUAAAAAUUUAAGAAAUC